AUGGAGAGAGAGAUGGAAGAGAGAUCAGGAGACAGGAUGAAAAGGAGGGGAAGGCCAAGGAAAGGAGAGGAAAAAACAAGGGAAAAACAAGUGGGGAAGAGUGACGAAGGGCUGGAAAAAUAUUGGAAGGGCAGGGAAACGGAGGAGGCAAACAAGGCGGAAAAAAGUAAAAGUGAACAAAAGGGAAAUGAACAGAGGGAAAUAAAGAACGAUGGGGGGGGGGAAGAGGGGUUCAGGACAAACAAUCGACUGGAGAGAACGCCACAAGGAAAGGGAAGAGGUGAGCCGGAGGAAUCGGUAAAGAAAAGAGGAUCGGUAACGAAGGAAGCGGAGCAAAGGAGAGGAGGAACAGAAGAUAAGGAAGAAAUGGCACAAGCAGAACAAAGGGAGGGAAGUGGCAGAAGGGGACAAAGAGGGGGGAUAAGUAAAGAUGAGGGAACAGGGAGGGAAAAAGAGGGGACGAAAGGCAUAAAAGUGACAGAAAAAGAAAAUAACAAGAGGAAGAUACGUGAUGAGGAACCAGGGAGGGAAAAGGGGGAAAAUGAAACAACAAAGGGGGGAGAAGCGGAGAAAACAGAAAGACAGGAGGAAAAGGAGGAGGAAAGCUUGAGGGAAGGGACGGAGAGAGGAGAGACAGUACAGGUGGAGGAGGGAGAGGACUCAAAUGAUGAGAGGGAGAGCAGGGGGCCAACGACACCGAGGGAGGAGAGAUUUAAAAUAUCAGAGCUAGAGAAGUGGUUGGGAGAGGGGGAAGAAAGGAAUAAUGAGGAAAGAAUGAGGGACGUGGAGGCAAUAAUAAGGGAAAUGAGGGAAAGUGGAGAGAAAAAAUGCAAAUGUGAAAUCGGGGAAAGGGAGAGAAAAUAG